AUGACCGAAUCAGCAGAGCUGCUGGUGGAGGGGAAUUCCCUGAUAAGAGCCGUCUAUCAGAGCCGCCUUCGCCUCACCAGGCUGUUACUGGAGGGUGGCGCCUACAUCAAUGAAAGCAAUGACAGAGGUGAAACCCCAUUAAUGAUUGCUUGUAGGACAAAACAUGUGGACUCCCAGAGCGUCAGCAAGGCAAGGAUGGUUAAAUACCUCCUGGAAAAAAAGGCUGAUCCAAACAUACAGGACAAAUCUGGAAAGACAGCCUUGAUGCACGCUUGUUUAGAAAAAGCAGGUCCUGAGGUGAUAUCUCUGCUGCUGAAAAGUGGAGCUGACCCGAGCCUGCAAGACCACUCCAAUUGCUCUGCGCUUGUGUAUGCAAUAAACUCUGAAGACAAAGAGACCCUAAAAGUUCUUCUUAAUGCCUGCAGAGCACAAGGAAAAGAAGUCAUCAUCAUCACCACAGACAAGUCCGCAUCAGGAUGGCAGAAAACGAAACAGUACCUAAAUGUGCUUCCUGCAGACCCUGAGGAAUGCCAUUCCCCAACUGCUUGCACUUCUCCAUCAGAAAUAGAACUGAAAACGUCUCCAUCCCCACUUUCAAGUUCUAAUGAAACUAAAAAAGCACUGUUCAGCUUUAAAGAGCUGGAUCAUCCACAGAGCGUGGACAACUCUUCUCAAACAGUGUCACCGACAAGAAAAUAUAGCUCAACAAAAGUAGGAUCCAAGCUGGCACAAGUGCACCAGCUGCAGUCUGAACCUUGGAUAAAGGGAAUCCAAACUCCACCACUGUUUUACCAGACUAAAAUUGCCUCUUUACAGGAAGAUCUUCAGGAUAUUACUCCAGAAGAAGAGCUCUCUUUUAAAAUCAAUGGCCUUGCCUUAUCAAAGAGAUUCAUCACCAGGCACCAAAGUAUUGACAUAAAAGACACUGCUCAUUUUUUGCAAAGCUUUUAUCAAACUGGAUCAAGGAAAUUAUCGUAUGAUGAGAUAAACUUUCAGACUCCUUAUGUUGAAGAGAAUCAUAACCCCAGUGGGAUUCCUAUGGGCAAGGAAGCCAGUUCAGGACAGGCCAGCUUUAUUUCAAAGCUCAGCAGUGUUAUCCAGAAAAGAAAUUCAGAAGCAAACCACUACAGCUCUGAUUCUCAGCUAACUGCUAGUCUAAGUCCUGCUGCUGCAGAAGACAGUAAGUCAGUGAUAGGAAAGAAAUGGAUAUUUUCUCCAUCCCACUCUUUGCUAUCAAGUUCUAAGGAAGUACUGGAGAACAUGCCUCCUGUUACUUUGAGCAGGAGAAAUCAAGCCUUUCUAGAAAGACGGGGUUCAGGAGCUUUAUCGUUGGAUCAUGUUGCUCAGACAAGACCAGGCUUUCUUCCACCACUGAAUGUGAACCCUCACCCCCCCAUUCCAGAUAUUACCUUCAUAAACAGGGUUUCUGGGAUGAUUUCUUGUGGACAAAAACACUUGGUACCAGCAGCACCUGCUUUUCCUAGGGACACCAAAUAUAUGAAAAUGCUGUUAAGAAGGCAGUCAUUACAGACUGAGCAGAUUAAGCAAUUAAUGAAUUUUUAA